AUGGAACCAGAUCUAAUUCAAGAUUCUCUACACCAAAACAGCUACGAAGAUUAUGAUUUUGGUCCUAAAUUUAAAAAACUCCGAAUCACUGACAAUGUUCGUGAGCUUCAGACCGUUUUAAGAUCGAAAUUAACUUCAAGAGGAGAUUUCAUAUUUUAUGCUGACAGAUUGAUCAGAUUAGUUGUAGAAGAAUGUCUGAAUCAGCUGCCCUAUCGCCAUUGCCAAGUCACCACCCCUACAGGACAAAUCUACGAUGGACUGCGAUACGAGAAAGGAAACUGUGGCGUCAGUAUCAUGAGAAGUGGUGAAGCCAUGGAGCAGGGAUUACGAGAUUGUUGUCGAUCAAUACGAAUUGGUAAAAUCCUUAUACAGAGUGAUGAAGACACACAUGAAGCCAAAGUUGUCUAUGCUAAACUCCCCCCUGACAUUGCUACACGCAAAGUCCUCCUCAUGUAUCCCAUUAUGGGAACCGGAAAUACUGUGAUAAAAGCUGUAAAUAUACUCAAGGACCAUAAAGUGCAGGAGGAAAAUAUCAUCUUAAUGAAUCUCUUCACAACACCGUCAGCUGCCAAAGCUGUGCGGAACGCCUUCCCGGAGAUGAAUGUGUUUACAUCAGAAGUCCAUCCUGUGGCACCCAACCACUUUGGCCAGAAAUAUUUUGGUACAGAGUAGAUAUUAACCAUUACAGAUCUUUAAGCAUCAUCCAGUAUCCAUGAGCAUAUGAUUCCAACGCCUCACAACCUACUUUACUGAUGACACAACAAUCCCUUCUAGUCCAGCUUUAACAUGGUUUUACCUCGUAUGUUGAGAGUAUGUAACAACUGAUGGUGGGAAGCUUAUUUCAAGCAAUUGAAUUUGUCUCAGUUUUAAUAAAAUUUUCAUCAUGUACUGCUAUUACAGUAACAUUCUUAUGUGUAAAUGCUGUUUUGAAAAUUUGUGAACAGCCUGGUUGUUGUUUUUGAAAUUUUGGCAUGUUGAGUCAGAGAUAUUAUAUGAAUUUUUUUUUUUUUUUUUUUAAUUUGCUGAAGUGAGCUAUGUCUUUUAUUUACUUCAGAGCUGUGAAUUCUGAACAAAAUCAGUGGUGAUAUAUGAAGAAAAAGCUAUCUCAUUGAUGUCUCUUGUGUAAGGUUAAUACUGGAUCUGGAAUGUUACUUAAUAAAUGUAUGACAGCAAAUCAGAAAGGUGCUAAAUUCAGUUUGAAGGUCAAUUGUUUUUAUUGUCCACAGAAUUUCUUUUGAAGUGCGUGUUUACAUCCAUAUCUCCAUUUCCUUCCCAUGUGCCACACUUGUGUUUGUUAACUUCGUACAAUCACAUUCUGUAUGUAAGAAAAGUGUCAUUCCGAUCUUAGUGUUUACAUAGUCAUGGUUACAAGGAAUGCUCAAGACAAGAAUUCCAAACAUUUCCUGUUGUCUCAGGUCUAAAUAUUAUCAUUCAACUGCAUGUAUGGCUGCUUAAGACCAAGAAUAUGUCAUUUAUGUAAAGAUUGAAUGUUGUUUAAUAUUUUGAAUGAAUCUUCCAUGUUUAAACACUCUGAAAGUUAAGUAGUCAUGUUAAGUUUAACUCAUAUGUACCAUAAUUGCAUGUGUAUUUUUCAUUUCGUAUGUUACAGUUGAAAUGAUGGGUAAAGGUUAUACAAAUUUUGUUAUCCACAAUGUAUGGAAAUACAUAGCUAGAUAUCACUGUAAUAGUUUUAUCAUGUUUUUGUCUGGUAAGUUAUAUCACUUUAUAUAAGUUACUGAUGAUUGUUUCUUGACAAAUCUGUCAUGUUUCAGUAAUGGAACUGUGUAUCAACUUCGAUAAAUACAAAAGCAUGUCUACACAGUGACAGUCAUUGAUGUUUUAAUGCAAACUUAACAAGUUCACAUAAUGUUUAAAUAGCUGAAUUUACGACUAGAGUACUGGAAUCCAUUUACAAAAUCUCACAUCAUUCAGUUGUACAUAUGUUAAUAUUUUGCUGUCUUGCUAGUCAGUGAUUAAAUCAAAACAAUUGGUAUAAGUAUGUUCUAGUUAAGUCUUCAUUUGAAAUUAGCAUUAAAAUAAUUUACUUUGCAGGAAGCUAUGGUCACACAGAAAAUCUUUCAAAAAUAAUCCAAAUUAAAGUGAUUUAAUGUGUCUCAGAAAUGCAGGUGUAUUAAGGAAUGGUCCUGUGUUUUCUGAACUAUUUUGUCUAUUAACAUUGAAAUUGCAGUAUCUGCAUUUCUUUAUGAAUUUUCUUCUCAUAUCACAAUCUGAAACAGAGUUUAAAUUCCUUAAAUUGUAGACAGUUGUAUUAUUGUUUUUUGGGGGAAAAGCAUCAUUUGCAGGAAAGUACUUACACAUUUUUAAUGAAACUCAGGUUUUCAGGAAAUCAAGUUGAAUUUUUAAGGUUGAUGGGUUGAAAGAUAGGCGACUGUGAUGAUUUCUUUCAAAUUUACAUACUGUAUUUAUUGUCAGUGAAUACAUGCCCUGUAUGAAGUCCACCCAUGUCUUGCUACUCAACAAUACUAACAAAUCUUUAGUAAGCCUACCUCCUACUUCAAGUCAAAGUUGAUGUGUUGAAUCUCUUGGACGAUUACAAGAUAGUUAUGGCAACAUUUUGGUGUUGGAUGGAGUUCACAUCUCACAAUCAUUCAAGGUCACUGCUACUAUCUUUAGAAACUAUGAAAAAAAUGUCUACAGCUUUGUUGAAGAAGGUUUAGUAUUUUAAGUUGUUAAAUUUUACAUGUCAUUUUAAUCACAUUAUGACUAUACACGUGUUAAAAUAACCACUUUUCUCUCACUUUAACACGCUUUAGCUCUAGUAGUUUUCUGCCUUUUAUCUCUAUGCUUAUUAAGAAUGUUGUUUAUUUGUCACUGGCAUCUACAGAAGUCUUUGAUAUUUAUAUUCUUAUCACUUUCAGUGACCUCAUUAGUUAAUGCUGAAGAGAGCAUUAUCCUGUGUAUGUUUAGAGUCCAUAUUGGUAAAAAUUAUACAAGUACAAAUGUAGUAUUAACAACAUGGAAAGGGUUGGUGCAUAAGUAUCUAAAGGUUAGUUAAAAGGAUUGGCAUGUUUUCGGGCAAUGAACAAUGAACAAUUCAUGCUGAAAUGUGACAAUGGCUAGAUUUUAGUUAGAAAUAGUUACCCAGCACCAUGACUUGCGAUUAAUGAAGUUAAAGCUAUAGAUAUUCACACAUUAAUUCUCAGAUUUGCUGUUAUAGAAUGGCCAUUGGUUCUUCUGAAUAAAUAUAAAUAGCACUAUUCUAAAAUGUGUCAAACAUGUACACAUUUAACACUGUAAACAUAUUUCAGAGACAACAUAUUCAAAUUCUCAUUGAUGGUUGUGUUGUCUUGGGUUUGGGCUCUGAUGAUGCUAUUUCUUUCUCAUGGAAAGAACUUAAUUGAACAUUUGACUGAAUUCUAAUUUUGAUUUCCAUCAAAUUGACUUUUGAGAAACAUUAAACAGUACUUAUAUGUCUCCUGUGCUGUAUUUAAUGCUAUGUGACAUUCGACCAACAUGCAGUACAAGUAAAUAAACCCAUUCAAAAGCUGACCAAAGUAAUGUAAUACAUAUAUGGUGAUGAUUUUUGCUAAGUAUUGUAGAAAUAUCUCCUAACUUACAUCAAAAAGGGAUUCAAAAGGUAUUCGUAGACCAGAAUUUUGAUGGAAUGUACUGGGGCCAAUCUUUUGACAAAAGAACUAUCAAGUUUGUGCUUAAUAUCAGUAAUUGUAUUUGCAUUAUUCUUUAUAUCACAAGUUUUUUCUGUCUUUUUCUAUAAUGAUGUAUUUUUUACUUCAUCUUAAUUGUAUGAUAUGGAUUUAGAAAUGAAAGUGCAUGUAUAACUGUGAGAACACUUUGAUGUAAGACUUUAGUUGACAAGUUUUUGCAGCUCAGCUUACUUUCUGGCCAUUUGUAACAAAUGGCUUGGAUGUGAAUUAAGAAUUAAACAAACAUGAAUUGUGCAAUAGAUUUUGAAAAGUGUAUAUUAUUACUCCUGCAGUGCAGAUGAAAUUUUUUCAACAUUGUUAUUUAAUUUUUGAAUUCUUCUUCUCUCUCACCCUGCCCCCAAAGAAAUAAAUGUUUUUAUUUUGAGAUUUUAAAAUGAAUUUAAUUAACAGGUAAAUGUUGAUAAAUAUUGAUUGAGUAACAUAUCAAUGACCCGAUGUCAUAUUUGUCUAUUUCACUGAAAUAAAAUUUAAACCCCCAAUUCAUAAAACAACUUCAGAAAUCUUAAGUUUUGUCCAUUUGUUUUUUGUUAGAGUAGAAUUGUUUUAAAUCUGUAUAAUCAUGUACAUUUGUGAAAUAUGACGGUUUGAAUUUUCACUUUCCAGCAUCAGUUUCUUUUUGAAAGACAUGGUUCUUUGUUAUGAAAGUUUUCUUGUGCUAUGUCUGUUGAAGUGAGCACCCUGAACUAUCAGAUCCAUUCCUUCUUGCAUCAUCUGACCUCCAUUUAUUUUCCUUGUACGUAGGCAGUCUUACUUUGAAAAAUCUUUGAUACUUUGGAUAAACAAGGUUUUAUAUCCAAGAAAGAGAAAAGAUAUUGUAAAACAAUUUUCGUCUUUGCAGCACUGCUUGCAAAUGGCAAAAGAAGUUAGUAUUUGUAUAUCUAGGACACAGCAACAAGAGUUGCAUUACAAAUAGUUCACAUAUUUCAUUUCCUCGGGUGAUAUUAAAUUAUACUAAUUUGGCAUUUUAAAUAUUUUUUAGUGAUAUUUGAUAGAUUAGUUUUUUAUUUUGAUUUAAUAUAUUCAACAAUAUUACACAUACAUAUGCAUGGGAAAAUAAGCUUAAUUAAAGUCCCCUUACCCAUUUUGAUCUGUUUGCAUGCUGUCAGUUCCGCAUGGAUUUAAAAGCAUUUCAUCUUUAGCUGUUUUUUUUGGUUAUCAUAAUUCAGCAUUUUCUGUUUGGAAUGUUUCCAAAUGUUUUGAUAGAGUAGUCACCAACCUUUUACACUAAGCAGCAUUUUGCCUGUUUUGAAUGUUUCAUUUCUCUAUAAAUUAGUUCUAAAUUAAGAAAGUUGGGGUAUGUUUAUCAAAUUCAUACAUAUCAAGACGAUAACUUCCAUACACAUGAUUAUUAUGUAUUGAAUCUUUAUGUAUGGUACUAUAAAAAGACCACUUAUACCAAUAGACCACUGCUAGUGUUCCCCAUUGUAGUGAUUUUUUUCUGGAAAUCUGUACCAAGACCACUUUUAGGACUCCUAGACAAUGUUGUUGUUUGGAAAAAAAUAACUAGCAUGAUCAAUUCCAAAUUUUUGAAUAAUGAUUCCAAACAUGUUUUUUCCUGGAUCGGGAAACCUCAACACCUGCCUUAAAUGCAUUAUGAUAAAACUGUGUAAUUUGUCAUGUCCUUUAUAUAAAUGUCGUUGGAAUGCACUUUAUUUUUUGCCACCCCACACACUGGUCCUUUUUUGCAGUUCCUCAAACCUUGUUAUAUUUUGAUGUAGCACAAAUUUAUUUAAAAAUAUUGAAUUUUUUCUGGGCAAAGAAGUUAUUGUAUAAUAAUAAAAGUGAGUGUAUUGCAUUAUUCAUAAGAGGAAUUAUGAAUAAUCAUAACAGGAAUUCAAAGGUAAUACCUGUAAUGGAUCAUCAUCAAAGUUUCAGUUGCCAAAAUCUUACAGGUGUAAGAACUUCCCAAAGAUAUAUGUAUCUGUACAUGGUACACUUUGGUUGUUUUAAUAUAGAAGUUGCUGUUUUAUUUCUAACAGAUAUAAUCAAUGCGUAGACAGUUUAAUACUGGGGUCAGAUUUUUGUAUUGUAUCUCCAGUCAACUUUUUUUUGAUGGUAUUCUGUAUAUAUCUUUUGUCCUUUCUAGAUCUUAGCAAUUUAAAUAAGCUUUGACCUUAAGCAAUGAAACUGCUUAACUAUGUUUUGGUGAACAAGUAUUGUAUGUAAGCAUCAUUACAUUGUAAAUGUUAUUGAUGUGUUGCCUGUUGAUAAUGGUGACAAUAAAGUAUUGUCCAAUA